UUUAUUUCGUUUUCUCGUCGCAACGCAAGUGCUGGUGAAAUCGGUGUGGCAAAAGUUUAUUUCAAGUGGAUAGAAUUAACGCACAGCCCCGGGUCUCAAGUUGGAGGCGUUCAGCGUAAUUGAAACACGCUAUAAUAAGCAUAGAAUAAUAAUUUCAAGUGGAAAUAUUUUUUUCCCAAAAACAUAGCAUAGCGAGUGCGGACAACGUACAAAUGAAAAAACCGAAAUGUGAGUUUGAGGGCGAGAUCGAUCAGUUGCUGUUUCUCUCUUUCUCAGCGCUGCGGAUUUGAGCUCUCUGCUUUCAACGAUCAAUACAGUUACAGUUUGUUAUUAUUUGUUUUUCAUUCUGCCAUUUGUAUUGCACGCUCUCAGAGGCCGCGCGACGACUUUCUCGAAUUGCAAGUGAAAAAUUUGUGAAAACGAAGCAGUGUGCAAGGCAAGCCACAUUACAAAUAGCAGUGUGUCAAGGCAUGUUGCGUGUGGAGCUCCAAGUUUGAAAAUAGAAGGCACAGCGUGAAACUCCAAAUAUGGAUGCUCAGUUUGAGCACUUAUGCCGCAUUUGCGCGGCCAACACAAAGAGCAAAACAAACUCAGUGGUCGAGAGUGUGUUUAUUUUCAAGACACAAGGCUUAAAGGAUAAAAUAUCGCGCCAUCUCUACCUAAAUGUGGCUGAAGAUGAUCCCUUGCCAAAAGUUCUGUGUAAGUCCUGUUACCGACAGGUGGAGGCCACGGCAUCGCUCUCGAAUAUAGCCAAACACACUCAGCUUGUGUUUCAGGACUUUUUAUUGAGCACACUGCCAAAGAAUGCGAGAGAAGCAGCUGCAGCACGUCUCAGCGUUCCACCCGCCUCCCAGAUCCCUGUGCGAAACGAGAAAAACCAGGCGCAAAUCGAUGAAUUCCGACCCAUUAUGCUGACCCGUGCACCAGAGACUUCUAUCGCAGUGUCAGUGUCCAAGCCCCAGGCGGGCGGUCGCCCUCGGGAUACUCUCGUGGUCACCAGUAAAUCCAGGGAGUCACGGUUCGACCCGUACUGCGAAACUGGCUUAGCUGGUGGUUCCUCACCUUCUGCCAUUGGCAAUGCCGCCGAAACAGCAAAUAGCAAUAAUGUGCCGGUGCGUCGCAACAGCGUUUUUGUGGAUAGUCGCUACGGAUCGGCCCCCAUGUCAAUCGCACAGCGCUCUAUGCAGCAUCUUCCGUCUUUGGUGCCUCUGAAUUUCGAGCCAUCGGUUUCCAAUUCCACAAAGAACAGUCUAGAGACGAAGCUAUCGCCGGCAGGAGUAAUUAAUUUCAUUCAGACGCAUGGACGCAUAACUGGGAAUGUGCCUGCGGUGGGCAAAGACGACUUAGCAGAAGAAAACAACGGGACGUGUACCAGAAAGGAGACCACAGCUUCUAAUGAGUCAACUUCCAACCUCAGCAAUAUAGGAAUGCUUAAUCUUCCCAGCAACGUCUUUCAACAAAAAAGUAGAAAUCUAAAAAAUACAUUGAAAAACAUUAAAGCAAUACGUAGCGGACAGGUGUCACUGCUUAAGUCGGCACAGAGCCGAAACAUAGCUGAAGAUAUUAGGCCAUUGGUUACAACUACCCUGGUACCCCAAUAUGUAGACGAACCUUCAGUGGAGGAAGCUCUGCCGGAGCACAUGAUCUUCGCGGCGCCAAAAAAGAAAAAGGAAGAUGACGAACUUAUUGUCCAGACACCGCCGACAAAGCUAAAGAAAAUUGUGCCCAGUAUCCCCAAGACGAUGCCUGCAACUCUCGACCUAACUUUAUCGAUUGAGUCGCAAGCUAAAGCUCCGUCAAAACCAAUACCCACUGUUAGAAGCCUAACUGAUGCGAUUUCCCUGGGAAGCGUUAUAAGGGAUCCAGACUUGUUGAUGCUUAUUCUCAAGGCACUAAAGUGGCCAGUGACAACAGAAAAUUGCGAUGAGCAAAUGACACGUUUAAAGAGUUCAAAGUUUGCUCUUAUUAUGUCAGACAACAAUCUCCUACAAGACACAGAUCUCACUCAGCUGUUAGGGCCAUAUUUGGCCCCCAUGCUGUCGGUUGUUCAACAACAGGACAAACAGUCAUUUUCUUCAACUAUCGCGUCAACACCUGCCACCAAUACUUCGCAGACGACAAAAGAUAUACUAAACCUAGCUGACUUAUCCAGCGCAAUGCCUUACAAGCUGCCGCCAGAGACGUCGGUUCAAUUAGUGCCUUCCAGUCCAACUGAGCAAGAACCGCCGCCAUUACGAAACACCAAGGCAGUUAGCGUUUCACCAGUAAAACGUCCACAAAGGAAGAUGCGUGUCCGUGAUCUAUCGGCUGGUUAUCAGACGAGCCUGACCAUGACUGCUACAACUUCAAAUGCAGCUCAUGUUAGUAACGAACUAUCCAAUAUCAACGCAAUGCUCAUUUCACAAUUCGGAUCAAAUCCAGCAGACGCGCUUAACGAGGCGUUAGUUUCGCUGCUAAAGCAGCAACAAGAAUCGAAAGAGCAGCGGAAUACUCGUCGACGGCGCAGUGGUUCUAGCAGCGUAGUUAAUUUGGAGGAUAUUCAGCUGGUUGAGCCCCAACCGUCACUAGAAGCCGUUUUAGAAGCCGAUCACUUUUCUCCACAAACCCAACCACCAUUAGUUGCAGGAGCACGGCAAAUUGUCAAAAGACGGAAGACAGUCAUUCAAUCGUUAAAACCAUCUGAAGUCGCUGUGUCUAAGAAGAGGGAACCACACACUCUGAAGAUGCCAAAAGACCAAUGUCCAGAAGCAACUCUAUUAAGGCAACUACCAGAAAUGGUUACUGAAAAAGGAUCAUCAAGUAAAGAAUGUACUGUCGAGCCUUCCCAGGCACCCACAAGUACCGUUUCGGAAGCCACAAACGGUUCCAAAGUGCUAGCCGAAAAUGCAGAACACACUAAAGUAACUGAGUCCGCCACAGAGAUUGAAACGGUUGGGGAUACUGAAGAUAGCAAAGCAGGCUCUGCAAUAAUUCGCAAAUCGGAAGUUAAAGCUGCGCUUGGCCAAAAGCUUUUGGAGGCGAUUGGUCUCCCUCAGCUAGGAAAAGACGUUGCGCCUGAGAGUUCACGCGACACCCUUAGAAGUGCCCUAAAACGUUCAUUAAAGCAGGCCCAGGAGCAUCAGCAGCAGCUGAAGCGGGGCAAGCAGGAAGAACCAGUAAAGCAACUGGCAGAUUCGACGACAAAGCUGAGCGCGGCCGAAUCAGCAGAUGAGCACAAGAAAGCCAUUGCUGAACGAGAGCUUGCUCUCCUAAACCGUGGCUCAAAAGCUGGUGAAGAAAACAAGAUUUCGGUUAAAGAUGAUAAAUCGGAUCGUACCGAUGUUAGUUCUUCCUCGUCGCGAAACCGCCGAAGCCGUAAAUCCAAGGCAAAUGCCGCAACCGAGGAUUCUGGCGGUGAAGAACAAAAAAGCGAUCGGUGGGAAGAAGAUGAUGAUUUACCAUUAAAGGCAGAUGCAGAAAAAGUUUUGGAAGGGAGUAGCAGUGCCAAUCGCCCGACCCGCACCAGCAAGACCCUAUCAAAGUAUUAUAAAGGACCUUCUCCUAAAUCGCAGCACGCCAUGGGUACGCGCUCGACACGUCAGCGUUGAGUAAAAAAAAUGGAUUUUAUUUAUCAUAUGAAAUAUAUUGGUUAAUUUUUGAAAAAUUUAUGCUGCUAAGUGCCGUCAUUAUCCAAAAUUAUCUGUGUACAAUGUACACGCUAAUGUUACAUCUUUUUUAGUUAUAUUAAAACUAACAUAAGCAAUGUCUAAAGUUCACAAAUCGUAUUAAGUUAAGAAGAGUGCAAACUUUAAUCCUACAGUUUGUAAAUAAAUAAAUAAGAAUAGUGCAACUAUUUAAAAACGGAA